AUGGUAUUCGCUUCCUCGGAACCUGGUACGGAAUCGCGAGGACCGAUAGCUCGCAAACAAAAUGGCGACUGCUCGACGCUGCAACUAACCCAGGGGGCUAACACAAUCAACGUUCGAAAUGAAGCUGUCAACAACAACUUCUACGAAGAGACCACCGGCACGGCGACCAUCGAACAGGGAACGGCCAGGCUCAGGCUCAAUUUGACCAAUACUCAGGAUCCCAUAGACUUCUGGAUAUUGAUGACGGAUUACGAUAACUUCGCCAUUGGAUACAGAUGCGUAAACCUGGGAAAUGUACAACGGCAAGUAUACAUAUGGCAGAUGGGUAGAGAAACGUCAUUUCCCACGGAGUUAAUGCAAGCACUCAUGAAUACAACUUUGAACACUUUACUUGGUAUCAGCACAUCUGAUCUACGAAGCAUCGAUCAUUCAGAUGACGCAUGUUACGUCCUGCCCCCGAUUCCCGAAAACGAAGCGGUCAUAUUGCCGGGACAGUGCGAUCCGAACUUGCCUGUUGUUACCAACUUCAAUGCAGCCAGGUUCCAGGGAUUGUGGUACGAAAUGGCCAGGUACUACACGCGCAGACAAUUGGGCGCCUGCAAUAGGGCCCGGUACACAUUAGUUGGCGGAGUUAUCAACGUGUCUAACAAUCAAGUCAUCAACCAAACGCUGAGCUCAAUAAGCGGCACCGCAACCGUCAGCGCCGAUGGCUCAGCCAGACUUACGCGCCCAGAAGUUCUCCCGCUAUGGAUUUUGGGAACCGAUUACGACAACUACUCUGUCUUAUACAGUUGCGACAAUCUGAGCAACAAUCGAAGACAAGUGAACAGUUGGAUUCUCAGUAAAGAGAGGCAGUUAUCCGCUGCCUCAAGGGAGGCCGUGAACAAUCUGAUCAGGUCAGUGGUCGAUCUCAACGACCGAUUCUUCCAGCAAACGGAUCAGUCGGACGAAGCAUGCUUCUACUUCCCCGCGGCGGAACCAGGCCGCCCGGUGGUCUUCCGAGGCCAGUGCGACCAGAACUUACCAGCUAUGCCCAACUUCCAAGCCGACCGGUACAUGGGGCUGUGGCAUAACAUCGAAUCCUACCCGUCCUUAUUCCAAAGCGGCACUUGUACCAAUGCCUACUAUUCUCUAGCUGAUGGACGUGUAAUUGUAUAUAAUACUGAAGUAGUCAACCAGACGUUGAACACCAUAGAAGGAUAUGCUGUCGUGGCAUCGGAUGACGGAAGCGCAAAACUAAGUGUCAGUUUUCCAAUCGGCCCUAAUGGUACAACGACUGAUUACUGGGUUCUGGAUACUGAUUAUGUCAGUUAUUCAAUAGUUUAUUCUUGCACCAACAUUAACAGCGACGAGAGGCGAGUUAUUGCGUGGAAAUUGAGCAGAACUAAGCAGAUGACUGCGGCUGGCAAUGUGGCCAUUAACGCGGCCAUAAGUAACAUAGCUGUAUUGGACCAGCGCUAUUUCGUUGAGACGGACCAAACUCCAACAGGCUGUUUCUAUUUUCCGGAGCCACAGGCCAACGUGCCUGUAGUUUUCCCUGGACAGUGUGAUGAAAACAUACCAGUGGUCGCAGGGUUUUCAAUGCAACAGUUCCAAGGAGUGUGGUACGAAGUCCAAGCAUACCCUAAAGAUCAGCAGUCUGGACAAUGCGUCUUCCAUAACUAUACUUCUGGAUUAACCAACACGCUUAACAUCGCUUCCUCCAGUGUUACUGACCAAUUCCUCUCAAUUAGCAGCGGAGUUUUAUCGUUCAGUAAUUCAACAGAUUCUAGUGCUAGGUUGACUAUAAGGAUAACGAGCAAUAAUCAAGAGAUAACAUUCCCAUUCUGGAUACUCAGCGUAAACUACAGUGAUUACGCUUUGGCAUACAGCUGCAUUAAUCAAGGAUCUGACUUCAGAAGAGUCUUUAGCUGGAAGCUUAGCAGAACCACUGAGCUCUCUGCGGCAGCGAACACCGCUAUCAACAAUGUAAUUUCCAACAACGUUGUACUUGACAACGUUUACUACGAAAACAUAGACCAAUCCGAUCGGGCAUGCUUUUAUUUGCCAGAGCUUAAUCCAGGAGAACCCAUCAUAUUGCCCGGACAAUGCGAUCCCAAUGUUGCCGUCGUACAAAAUUUCAACGUUACUAGGUAUGGAGGCCGUUGGCGUCUGAUUGAGAGCUAUUUCGCCGAAUCCCAGAGAGGAACCUGUAACGAAGCCACAUACACCGUGACCAAUAAUGGCAUAGAGGUUUUCAACACUCAAGUGGUAAAUCAACAGCUCGCUACCAUCACUGGUUUGGCUACUGUAGCGUCGACUGACGGAAGCGCAAAAUUACAAGUCACAUUCCCUGCGCUUGGAAGAACAGCAGAUCUUUGGGUUUUAGACACGGACUAUGACUCCUAUGCACUCCUCUACACCUGUAAUAAUAUUAACGCCGGACAACGUAGAGUGUUCAGUUGGAAACUCAGCCGCACCAGAUCUCUGACCCCAACAGCGGUUGCCAACAUAAACCGGGUCAUAAACCAGGUCGAGGUCUUAAACAAUCGCUUCUACGAAGUCGUUAACCAAACGGAUGCCGGAUGCUUCUACUAUCCGGAACCUACUGACAAUCCCGUAAUUUUCCGCGGUCAGUGCGACCCGAACAUAAGGGUCGUCACAGGAUUCGACGCAGCGAGGUACAUGAAUUUGUGGCACGACAUCGAAUCAUACCCCACUCCAUUCCAACAAGGAUCGUGCCCCAAUGCAUUUUACAAUCUGUCUGCGGGAGCCGUAGAUGUCGUAAAUUCACAAGUUAUUAACCGAACACUAGAAAUUGUUAGAGGUCGGGCCGUGCUACAAGAUUCCAAUGACGGAAGUGCCAAGCUCGUAGCUACCUUCCCUAUAGCAGGAACUAACCAAACUAUAUCAAAUGACUAUUGGGUCUUAGCAACAGACUAUACAUCGUAUGCUCUUGUGUACAGCUGCACCAACAUAACAGAUGAGCUAAAACAAGUGUACAGUUCGAAAUUGAGUAGAACCAAGCAACUAACGGCACAGGCCGCGAGUGCUAUAAACACGGUCGUUAAUACUGUGCCAGUUUUGGAUCAACGGUACUUUAAGAAUAGAGACCAGAGUGACGCCGGUUGCUUUUAUUUCCCCGAACCUGAGCCCGGUGUACCAGUAGUCUUCCCUGGACAGUGCGAUGAAUGGAUACAGGCUGUUCCCAACUUUAACUUUAACCAGUUUCUCGGCGUGUGGCAUGAGAUUCAGGCGUAUCCAAAGGAUCAACAAUCAGGUCAAUGCGUCAAUCACCAGUACACGACCAACGGGACGAACAUUCUUAAUCUACAAUCUUCCAACGUUCUUGAUCAAGACUUAAGAAUAUCUACCGGUGUGGUCACUCGGACCGCAGCAGAUGGCAGUGGAAGAUUACUGAUCACUCUCACCGAAGGAAAUGAACGUAUCGAAAUUCCAUUCUGGGUACUCAGCACGGACUACACUGACUACGCCUUGGCGUACAGUUGUGUUAAUAGGGGAACAAGUUUUAGAGCAGUCUACAGCUGGAAGCUGAGUAGAACAAAGCAGCUGUCCGCCGCUGCCAACACAGCUAUAAAUAAUGCAAUUUCCAACAUCGUGGUCUUGGAUAACCGGUAUUAUGAAAACAUUGACCAAUCAGACGCAGCCUGCUUUUAUCUGCCACAGCUGUCACUCAAUGAACCAGUAGUGUUCCCUGGUCAAUGCGAUCCUAACAUCAGCGUUGUCCAAAAUUUCCAACCCGAAAGAUACCUGGGUAGAUGGCGUAUGAUUGAGACCUACCAUUCAGACUUUCAAUCAGGAGGAUGUAAUGAAGCUAACUACAGGCGACUUACGAACUCAACAGCUGAAGUCGUUAACACCCAAGUUGUAAAUCAACAACUAAUGUCCAUAAAUGGUACAGCCGUUCAAAUAGAAAGUGGGAAACUUCUGAUAACCUUCCCUCGAGACGCAGACCCAGCUGAUUACUGGAUCUUGGACACUGAUUACGACAAUUACGCCUUAGUAUACAGUUGUAGGAAUCUAGACAGUCAACGACGAAGAGUGUGGAGUUGGAAGCUGAGCAGGGGGAGACAACUUAGCGCUAAUGCGACAAACAGUAUUAAUCAAAUUGUCAAUCGUAUAGACGUCCUGAACAGUAGAUAUUAUCGAGUCGUUGAUCAGUCGGACUCUGCUUGCUUCUACUUCCCAGCCCCAGAGCCCAAUACACCAGUCGUUUUCCGUGGCCAAUGUGAUCCCAAUAUUCCAGUUGUAACAAACUUCAAUCUCCUUCAGUAUCUAGGUUUGUGGCACGAUAUCGAGUCAUACCCGAACGCGUUCCAAUUCGGCACCUGCAGCAACGCUUACUACAGCCUGAACGGCAGUGUGGUCGACGUGUUAAACACUCAAGUGGUCAACCAGCGAUUGGCCACGAUCAACGGAGUAGCAAGUCUCGUCGCCGAUCCAAACAACAGUGCGAAGAUCGUGGUCACUUUCCCCAUCGUUGGUACAAAUCAAACGAUUACGACGGACUAUUGGGUGCUUUCAACGGAUUAUUCGUCUUUCGCACUUGUUUAUUCGUGCACAAAUCUAAAUGAUGAGCUAAGACAAGUUGGAAGCUGGAAGCUCAGUAGGACGAAACAGUUGUCAGCCACCGCAGUCACAGCGAUCAACAACGUUGUCAACACAAUACCCGUGCUGGAUUCCCGUUACUAUCAAGCUCAGGACCAAAGCCGCGACGGCUGCCUCUAUUUCCCUGAGCCCCAACCAGGAGUGCCCGUCGUAUUCCCGGGCCAGUGCGAUGAAACCAUCCGAGCAGUCCCCAACUUCAAUCUGAGUCAGUUCCAAGGGACGUGGCACGAAAUUCAGGCAUAUCCUAAAGACGAACAGACUGGACAGUGUGUCAGUCACCAAUAUUCUGCUAACGCAAGUAAUGCACUUAACCUCCAAUCAUUUAAUGUACUUGGGCAAACUUUGAGGACUUCCGAAGGUGUAGCUAGAAUAACCUCGAACGACGGUAGCGGAAGAUUGACGAUAACGCUAACAGAAGGCUCUAAUGUCGUCGUAAUACCAUUUUGGAUACUGAGCACGGACUAUACUGACUAUGCUUUGGCUUAUAGCUGCGUUAAUCGAGGACAAGAUUUCAGAGCUGUCUAUAGCUGGAAACUGAGCAGAACGCAACAACUCUCGGCGGCUGCAAACACCGCUAUCAACAACGCCAUCGCAAACAUUGAAGUUCUGGAUAAUGUUUACUAUGAAAACAUAGAUCAGUCGGCGACCGCCUGUUUCUACUUGCCAGACUUGGCACCCGGACAACCAGUAGAGUUUGUUGGGCAGUGUGACCCUAACAUCCCAGUGAUGCAAAACUUCAAUACCGCUAGGUAUGCGGGACGUUGGCGCCUCCUCGAAAGCUACCACUCCAAUUUCCAAUCAGGUGUCUGUAAUAAAGCCACUUACACUUUGCUGCCGAAUGGUGCCUACCAAGUGCUCAACGCACAAGUCAUUAAUCAAACCCUUAACACCAUCACUGGCUCAGCUGUUUUAGCGACAACAGAUGGUUCGGCAAAACUUCUAUUUUCUUUCCCCAGUGCCUCCGAGCCUUCUGAUUAUUGGGUAUUGGACACUGACUAUGAUUCGUACGCGUUAGUCUACAGUUGCCUCAACAUCAGUAGCAACAGACGGCGAGUCUGGAGUUGGAAGUUGGGUCGCGCGAGACAGUUUUCGGCCACCGCCGUGACUAACAUGAACCGCGUCAUUGAAAGUAUAAACGUCCUGGACAACCGAUACUACACAGCAGUCCCGCACACCGACGCGAGCUGCUUCUACUAUCCCACGCCCGAUCAAAGCACUUCCGUCAUAUUCCGCGGCCAAUGUGACGAAAGCAUACCCGUCGUUCCGAAUUUCAAUCUAGCGCAGUACAUGGGCGUGUGGUAUGACAUCGAAGGCUACCCGCAAGAGUUCCAAAACGGAACGUGCGCCACUGCCACGUACACCCUCACCGACGCGGGUGUGGCCGUAGUCAAUACCCAAGUCCUCAAUCAGCAGUUGGACGUCAUAACGGCCACAGCACUCCCCGCGUCCGAUGAUGGAUCCGCUAAAUUCACCGUCACAUUCCCUAUAGCCGGAACGAAUGCAACCAUCAGCAUGCCUUACUGGGUUUUGGCCACGGAUUACACCAGUUACGCCUUGGUUUAUUCUUGUUCCAACAUCGACAGCGAAAGGCGCAGAGUGACGAGUUGGAAACUCAGCAGACAACGGAGCUUGACACCAGCAGCAGUCCAGACGAUUAACAACGUGAUGGCCACCAUCCCAGUGCUCCGCCAGCAGUAUUACUUCGCACGUGGUCAUACAGAUGCGGACUGCUUCUAUUACCCUGACAACAACGGUGGCCCCGUCAUACUGAACGGUGUUUGUGAAGAGCAAGCGGCCGUUACCGGCUUCAAUCUCAACGCAUUCGGAGGCACUUGGUACGAAGCGGCGAGAUUCCCGUCGGAAGUGCAGACAGGACAAUGUGCUUCUAACAUCUUUACUAUCGGCACCCAGAACACUAUUAACAUAACCCAAACAAUCAUCUACAAUGAGAGGCUGGACGUUAGCAUUGGUAACGCGACAGCCGUCACCGAUGGCAGGGGUAUCCUAAACACAUACGUUAGUGGACCUGGAGGAGUUACCUUCAACAGCACCCUCUACAUCCUGGCCACAGAUUACACUAACUACGCGUUAUUGUUCAGCUGCUUAGACCUUGGCAAUCGAACGAAACAAAUCUACAGUUGGAAACUAAGCCGAUCCCAGUUGGGGCUUUCGCAAUCGGCGAAUGAAGCUAUCAACGCCGUUGUCAGUAACACAACCGACUUGUUCGAGAACUACUAUGAAGAAAGCGAUCAGAGUGACGCGGCUUGCUUCUACUAUCCAGUGUUCGAUCAAUUACCGCCGGCUAUCAACUUGAGGGGGCCGUGCAACGACACCAUUCGGGCUAUACCUAACUUCAACGCGACUAGAUAUCUGGGAAGAUGGAUCGAGAUCGCCCGCUACCCGCAACAGUUCCAACAAGCGGGACGUUGUAGCCGCGCACAGUAUAAUCUCGGCACCAAUAACAACAUCCAAGUUAUCAACACGCAAGUCGUCAACGCCACACUGGCCUCUAUAACCGGAUCUGCCUUCGUGUCGUCGACCGACGGCAGUGGUCUCAUAGAAGUGACGUUUGUUUUGUCCAGCGGAGCUGUGAACGUUGCAACUUUAUAUAUUCUUGACACUGACUACGAGAGCUACUCAUUGGUGUACAGUUGCCGUAACAUGCCCGACGGGACUAGACAAGUGGCAAGUUGGAAACUUAGCAGAACCCGUACCCUCAGCAAUGUGGCGAACAACACAAUGAACAAUAUAAUCAACAACACACAAGGCCUUCUACAAGAGUACUAUAUAACAAGUGACCAGAGUGACGACGCAUGCUUCUACGUUCCCGAAGUCAAGCCAAACGAGGCUCCCGUAUUCAGAGGUCAAUGCGAGAAUAUCACUGGUGUCCAAGGCUUCAAUAUCUCAAGGUAUCUGGGAUGGUGGCACGAAAUCGAACGCUACCCCACAGACGACACCGUCGGCGACUGCAUCAGCUCCGAUUUCCGCGCCUCCGGCAACCAGUACCAGGUCGUCGAUACCAACGUUUUUGGCGUCACGGCCCGAGUAAACACCAGCACCCUCACGGUCACCAACAACGGUAGACUGAGGAGGACCCUGAGCGAUGGUCGUGUAAUCGAUACCUGGGUGCUGGCAACCGACUACGAAACGUACUCUCUCCUGUAUUCGUGCGAGAACAUCAACAAUGAAUACAGACGUGUGUGGAGCGCGAAGCACAGCAAGUCCCGCGAGCUUACGCAGGCCGCGCAGAACGCAAUGGCGCCCAUCGUGGCGGCAAACCGCGUCCUCUAUCCUCAGUUCUAUCAGUCGGUAGACCAGAGCGAUAGCGCCUGCUUCCACUACCCGGAGCAGACCGGUCGCCAGGUCAUCCUGCCCGGACAGUGUGACGCGAACAUACCGGUGGUGCAGAACUUCGACGCUGCCCAGUAUACGGGCACUUGGUACCAAAUCGAGCGCUACCCGCAAUUCUUCGAGAAUGGCAACUGCACCGGUGCCCGAUACAGCCUGAACGAAGCGACUGGUGUUGUCACAUUAGUCAACUGGGAGGUGGUGAAUGGUGAACUGGACGUCAUCGAAGGCACCGCCACCAUCAAUUCUACUGACGGCAGCGCGAAACUGCUCGUGAUCUUGCCAGACAGAUUGAGCGACGACCCUGAGGCAACGGUCACAACAAGACUGUACGUCCUGACCACUGACUAUGUCACGUACUCGCUGGCUUACAGCUGUGUAAACGUCAAUCCGUUCCAGAGAGUUGUUGCGGCUUGGAAACUGAGCCGAACCAGAACGAUGCCCCAAGCAGGCACGACGGCGAUCAACGCCUAUAUGGGCAGCAGGGAGGAACUUCACCAGCCCUACUUCCUCCAAGUUGGGCAGAGCGAGGACUGCGAAGAGCCCAGCUCGGCCUUCUUAGUCAAAAGCAGUAUUAUUGUUAUGCUCAUAUGUGCGGCUUUGCAGAUGCUCGCG